AUGACUGUGAUCUGCGUCCUCAUCUGGACUCUCCUCUGCUGCUGCUUCACAGGUAAAGUCCAGAGAAUCCAACUCCUCUCCUCUAUGAACAUCCGUCCCUCUGAAAUGAAGCCCACAAAACCAUGACGCUGCUUUCUGUGUUUGUCUCUGUAUCCUCAGAGUCCAGAGGACAGGUCACAGUGACUCAGCCUGCAGCAGUGACCUCUGCUCUGGGAGGAACCGUCACCAUCUCAUGUAGGACCAGUCAGAAUGUAUAUUAUAGCAGUCCGUAUCACUACUUAGCCUGGUACCAACAGAAGGAUGGAGAAACUCCUAAACUGCUCAUUUAUCUUGCUAGCACUCGACAAUCAGGGAUAUCAAGUCGUUUUUCAGGCAGUGGAUCUGGAUCUAGUUUCACUCUGACCAUCAGUGGAGUCCAGACUGAAGAUGCAGCAGUUUACUACUGUCAGAGUUUUCACUACCCCAACAGUCAGUAUGUGUUCACACAGUGAAAAAGCGUCGUACAAAAACCUCCCUCAGUCAGACUGAACACACAGCUGCAGCUGAAGUUCCUGCAGACCCUGAUACACUUCAGUGAGGAUUCAUACACACACUCACACACACACACACACACACACACUUGCAACACACACUAACACACAAACACACAGCAGCCCUCAUCAACAAUGGUCCAAGUGAACUCCUUAAAUCCACCUGAUAACUCUGUUUGCUGAUGAUUCUCUGUUAUUUGUUUAUAACGACCAAAAACUCUUUUAGUUCUUUAUUGAAUAUUUAAUUAGGAUUGAGAAUUGAGGAGGAGCUGAGACUGUUAAAAAGGACCAGCCAAGUCCUGGAGCGGGCCUAUGCUACAUCACGGCUGACAGUGCAUAAAUUGGCCUACCGGUAACACCAACAGACAAAUGCCAAAGAACUCUUCAAGGCCAGAUCUGCACUCUAUUCCAACAUCAUUAACAAUAACCCAGGUAACUCCAAACAACUCUUCACCACAGUUAAACACCUUCUCAAGCCUCAAACCCCUUCACACCACAACCAAACAGUCACACAGUGCAACAAAUUCAAUGAUUUCUUUACCUCUAAAAAACACAAUAUCCGCACAUCUCUCUCUCCAGCCAACAGUUUUGUCCCAUCAAAUGACAUCCCACCUACCACACAACAUCUGUCUCACUUCUCCCCCACAAUACAGCAGGAGGUCAAGAAAAUCUCUCUCUUCAAUCCGGCCAUGUUCCUGUUAGCCUCAAAACUGCUAUUAUCAAACCCCUCCUUAAAAAAACCCACUCUUGAUCCCGAAGCUUUGUCAAACUACAGACCCAUCUCCAAUCUCCCUUUCAUCUCCAAAGUCCUAGAAAGAACUGUAUCCAUCCAACUUCAUAACCAUCUCAAAUUAAACAGUUUGUAUGAAAAACUCCAAUCUGUUUUUUUGUCCAUCCCACAGCACCGAGACAGCUCUCAUCAGAAUCACCAAUCAUGUUCUGAUGACCUCUGACUCCGGCUCCACUUCCCUCCUCAUCCUCCUCGACCUCUCUGCUGCUUUUGACACUGUUGAUCAUCACAUCCUCCUUCACCGCCUCCAACACAACAAUGGCAUUUCUGGCACCGCCCUGAAAUGCUUCCAUUCAUACCUCACAGGAAGGACAGGGUUCGUGGCCCUGGGGGAAGCUAAAUCCUGCCCCCACACCGUCACCUGUGGGGUCCCCCUGGGCUCUGUGCUCGGUCCAACCCUCUUCACCAUACACAUGCUCUCUCUUGGUCGUGUCGUCAGCAGGCAUGGAAUACAAUUUCAUUGCUAUGCUGACGAUACACAACUGUACCUCAAGGUCACUCCCACCUCCUCUGUCACUCACCUAGACUCCUGCCUGGAAGAAAUAACGGCGUGGAUGAGCGAAAACCUUUUACAGCUGAACACCUCAAAAACGGAGGCCAUUCACACCAGUACCCCUCACCAACUCUGUUCCUCACCUAUUUCCUGCGCUUCCUUUCUCGCCCACAACCUUUCCCUCUCUCCUUCGGUGACUAAUUUGGGAGUCAGGUUUGACCCCUAUCUUAGCUUUGACACUCACAUCAAUCAUGUCUGCAAAACCUUCUUCUUCCACUUUCGUAACAUUGCCAAACGUCAUCCAUCUCUCUCCCACCCUGCUGCUGAGAAGCUUGUCCACGCUUUUGUUUCCUCCAGGCUUGACUACCGCAACGCACUCCUCAUCAGGAUCCCUGGCAAGAGCCUCUAAAGGCUCCAAUAUGUUCAAAACAGCGCUGCCAGGGUCCUGAUGAUGGUGCGCAAACUGGAGCACAUCUCCCCCAUCCUUCACACUCUGUUCUGGCUCCCCAUCCACCUCCGCAUCGAAUUCGAAAUCCUCCUCCACACCCAUCACUGUCUUAACGGUGCAGCCCCCACCUACCUCACUGAACUCCUCACCCCACAAAACCUCAGCCAGAACCCGGUCAGGCCAAAUGAACUGUCUACACCGCCAAGGACACGGCUCAAUACUAUGGGUGACAGGGUCACUGAGGUUGCUGCUCCCCGUCUGUGUACUACUCUUCCUGAUCACCUCAGAGCUCCACAGACGGUGGAUGUUUUUAAAAAAGGGCUCAAGACCUUCUGUUUUAGAAAAGCUGUUCCGGGCUGAUUUCAUUGUCACUCAUAGUUAAUUUGUGAAUCCUGGUCUCCUUGUGAUUUUUUGCCCCCGUGUCUUUCGUUCAAUUUUGCCUUUGGGAUUUUUCAGUUGAACACUUUUGAAAAAGUUUUUGUUACUUUUCAUUUAGUUCUUUUAAAAUAAAUUCUUUGUUCUGCAUGUGGGUCCUUUUCUUUUGUUUAAUUCGGGCUCAUGACAAACUGUAAACUUUUUUAGUUUUUCAUCCUGUCUGAGCUGAUUAACUGAAGUGUGUCAGUCUCUGUAGAAACUUCCAGCUGCAGCCGUCAGUUCAGUUUCAGUUCAGGCUGACUGAGGGAGGUUUUUGUACGACGCUUUUUCACUGUGUGAAGUACUCAUACUUUGAAGCAUCAAAUACUCCUUUACAGUAGUAAACUGCUGCAUCUUCAGUCUGGACUCCACUGAUGGUCAGAGUGAAACUAGAUCCAGAUCCACUGACUGAAAAACGACUUGAUAUCCCUGAUUGUCGACUGCUAGCAAAAUAAAUGAGCAGUUUAGGAGUUUCUCCAUCCUUCUGUUGGUACCAGGCUAAAAGCUGGUAGUUGCUCCAAACACGCACAUUCUGACUAACUCUACAUGAGAUGGUGACAGUUCUUCCCAGAGCAGAGGUCACUGCUGCAGGCUGAGUCACUGUGAUCUGUCCUCUGGACUCUGAGGAUACAGAGACAAACACAGAAAGCAGCGUCAUGGUUUUGUGGGCUUCAUUUCAGAGGGACGGAUGUUCAUAGAGGAGAGGAGUUGGAUUCUCUGGACUUUACCUGUGAAGCAGCAGCAGAGGAGAGUCCAGAUGAGGACGCAGAUCACAGUCAUGUUUCUGAUCAGGAGGAGGAGGAGGAGGAUUUCUGUGUCUUCUGUUGUGAUGAAGGACAGCUGUCAGUCAUCCAGUCUUCAACUCUCAGGACUAUAAAGUCUCCCAGAGCACUGGAGCAUGCUGCUGCUCAUGCAAACUCACUCUCUAUGGAAAUGCUCACAUUAACUCCAACAGGGCCUUAGAUUAUAGACAUGAUGAUGAUGAUGAUGAUGAUCAAUAAUGGAUCAAUCAAUUCAUCUCCUGAUUGAUCAAACAGCUUUCCUGACUUGUGUCAUGAAGGUUUAGGUUUGUUCUUCUUCAUCCAUCUAUUUGGAGAGAUUUCUUCAGUCUUAGCCCGAUGCUGAGGACAAUGAAUGUCAACUAUUCAGUAAAUCAAUAAAGAUCUUCAAAAACUGGAUUCAUUUAAAUGGACUACAUUGAAUUCUCUGCUUUCAUUGGAGCUCAAAGCUCUUGCAGACAGAGACACAUUUAGGUGACUUUGUUUGUGUCAGAGUCAGAGAGCCGUGUCUCUCUACAGUCAGAGGUUUUUGUACGGCGCCUCAAUGACUUUGUAUCACUGUGGUACACGUUCGGUGGAGGAACCAGACUGGAUCUUGGAAGUAAGUCAAAUAUAAAGUCUUUUUCUUUGUUUCUGAAGCUUCUUUACUUUUCAUUUAAAUCUGUAGGACAAAAGUCACUUUGCUUUUUUAUUUUAAACGGAUUUUUUUAAGAGAAAACAUAAAAAUGUCACUUUGGAUUGAAGAGGUACUGAAGAAAAAGUCAUUUCAGAUUUUGAAGUGGGGCUCAUCUUUUCCUACAAAUUUACUAUUUAAUCUUCAGACUUGAGUGAAGAAAGUUGGAUCCUGAGGGCUGGUAGGUUUAGUUCAGUCAGAGUCAGAGAGCCGUGUCUCUCUACAGUCAGAGGUUUUUGUACGGCGCCUCAAUGACUUUGUAUCACUGUGAUUGACUUUUGGUGGAGGAACCAGACUGGAUGUUGGAAGUAAGUUUCUGUAAAUUACUUGAUAUAUGAGUGCUAAAAUAAUAACCAUACUAAGUUUUUUUAUGUGUUUUUGAGGCGAACAUUUCCUGUGAUUCAGAGUAUUUCUGCCUUUAUGUCAGGUUUACUGUUGAACUGAAUUCAGAUCAGCUGUACUGAAACAAUCUUGAAGCUUUCUUCUCAAAAGUUCAGAUUUGAGGUUUAAAAAUAAUUUAAACUUUAAUCAGAAUAAAAACUUUUAUUAUUAUUAAUGACCAGAGAUUAAAGUCUCUGCCAAAAAAAUGAAUUUAAAGAGUUAAAGAAAAAGAGGAAAUAAACCCGAUCUCUCUUGUUACUCUGUUUUCUCUCAGAAUAAUCUCUACAACAGUUCGUUUCAAGAGUUUUAAAUUCACCUGAAAAUAAUCUCUCAUACUGAGUCGGUUCAUGAUGAGAAAAGUGAAGUGAGACUUUGAUAUAUGCCGUCAGAAAUGAUGAGAGUUGACACCGUUUUGAAAGUUUUUAAUCCUGUUUUGAUGGUUUUUGUUGUGAUUUCUGCGACAUGAAGACGAGAGAAUGAAGUCUGAGUUAAUUUUCAGAUCAGUGAUUUUCAGUGGGGUUAGUCAGUAUGUGAGUGUCUCUGUGCUGAUGUGCAUGAGAGGUUUCUUAAAGGGAAGUGAAAGUCCAUGAAGAAGAAAAUCAACCUUCAACAUGAAAGCUGUCCCAGUGUCUGCUGUUUGAUUGACAGCUGUGUGCUCCCUGUCCUCUAAGCUGAUUGGUGUCUCCUAGGUGAUGCCCGUCCCAAACUGACGGUGCUGCCCCCCUCCAAAGACAAGCUGGAGCACGAGCAGGGGAAGGCCACGCUCAUGUGCCUGGCCAACAAGGGCUUCCCCUCAGACUGGACUCUGGUCUGGAAGGUGGACGGCAGCAGCAGCAGCAGCUGGGAGGAGACCAGGAGCCCUGCGGUGCUGGAGAAGGACGGUAAAUACACCUGGAGCAGCACCCUGAGGCUCCCUGCAGACCGGUGGAACAAGGUGGUCUCUGUGACCUGUGAGGCCAUCCGGGGCUCCCAGACUCCGGUCUCACAGACCCUGAGGAGAGACCAGUGUUCCCAGUAGUGAUCUGAUUCACUGGGACCCUGAUUCAGUUUUUCCUCUCUUCCUGCUCUCAGUCUAAACUCUCUCUCUCUCUUUCUCUCUCUCUUCGUCUCUUCUCAAACAUGUUUUUGCUUUUUCUCUCUUUGAUCGUUUCAGAAGUUUAACUCAAUAAAAACAUUACAUUAAAGUCAGCUCUGUGUGGUUUUCCUCCUCAUUUAUUUCAUUAUUAAAUUAUUAGUCAGACAUGAUCCCAAAAGAAGAACAAAAAUAUCAUUUACUUUAGUUUUUCAGACCUUAUUAAAACGUAAAUGUGGUUCAUGGUUGGUCCAGGUUAAAAGAAAUAAAAAAACACUCCAUAAGCUAACUGUAAAUCCAGUAUGAUUUCAUUCAACAAUAGAAACCAGCCGAUAAUCUCACUGAAGUCUGCUGGUGAUGUUUCAUCUGUUGUGAGCUCUUAAAACUGAGAGAAAAAGUGAUGAUAGUUCAGAUCUUUGAGCUUUGUCACACUUUUAGGUCAACAAAGAAGAGCGGGAUAUCAUCAGCGUACGGUGAUAUCAUGUGUUUACAAUGGAAGAUUAGAGUUCAGUGAGUUUAAUGGAAAAUAAUGAAGAGAAUAAAACAUACCAGAGAAAAACGGUCUACUUAUAAUUCAAGAAAAACUCCUGUGAAGUGUUGCUGCAGAUCCGUCACACAAACAGAGCGAGGUUUGAUAUCAGUCAGAUCAGGAGUGUUUGUGACUUUAGGUGAUGAGUUGACGGUACAGCUCAGAGCUGAUCCUCCUGACUGUGCAACAGUGGAGUUAUAACCAGAAAAAUGAGUGUAUUUAGUUAAAGGAGGAGGUGAUGAGGAUCAGUCAUUUGUGUAAUAUAACUGUGUGUUUGAAUAAGUAUAAGUUUUACUUUAUUUUCAACCUUCAAAAGGUGAUUGAUACCAUUAACUAUGACAUACUAAUCAAUAAACAGGAACAGUAUGGGAUCAGAAUGUGGCCUUGGAUUGGUUAAGGAGCUCCUUUAGUGACAGAAACAGUUUGUGAAACGUCAGGAUUUUUGUUCCCUGUGUUUGAAUAUUUCAGAAGGUGUACCCCAGGGGUCAGUAUUGGGCCCUGUGAGGGAGCUGGAAAACCCUCCCCUCACUGAGGUGAAGUCGGUACAAUAUCUGACUAUUCAUGGACAUGGUUUUUGUUUAUUUUAUUGUGUAAAACACUGCUAACCUCUCCUCUCUUCGAGGUCACCAUCUUGUGGGGGCGUGUCCACAUGGAGUGCACACAUGGGGAUGCAGCAAACAGGUCCCAGCAGUAGCAAAUCAGCUUGUUAGGCUGGGUUAGUGAGCAGAGAAAGGGGGAGGGGUAGAGUUAUUUAGUGGGAUUUAGCUUUAGUUUGGUCUGUUUCGGGUUAUUUAGCUAUUUUGGGUUAAUUUAUAUUCAUUUAUGUUCUUCCUAUUAAGUAUUAGGGCCAUUGUAUAUCCGGAUUAAGUCAUGCAGGUGAGAGAAAGAGGGAGGGGGGAGCAGGUGAGAGAGCCCCACUCAGCUUAAAAGUGGACACACCUGUGUGAGUGUGGAAAGGUGUGGGUGGCUUUCUGCAGCCUGCUGCUCAAAGGAUGAUCAUUGUUAAGACUGCUGUGUGUGAUAAAUUGGAUUUAUUAAAAAAUAUCAGAGCUCUGAAACCUGCUGUCGGACACCAUCCUUUUUUCCUCAUGCUGGAGAUCUUCACUACCGCUUGGUUCCAUUCCGUUUAGAGGUUUUAUGACCAUCAAAACCUUACAUGUGGUGUCAGAAGUGGGAUGUGACGCAAUCAGAGUGAAGAGUUUCAGCUUUGAGGACAGACAGCAUGGGACCAAAAGCUCAAGCCAAAACUCCAAGGGGAGAAGCUGUUGAGGAUUGCCCGGAUGAGGGUGCAGCAGGAGAGUCCAGAAUCCUGAGGCCAAGGGAGGCGCACCAGGGGCCUCCAGAAAUGGAUUCCAUGUACAGCAUGUUGCAGCAAUGUCUUCACUUUCAGCAUGACCUGAGUGAAAGGUGGGAAAAAGAGACAAUUAAACAGGACAAGAGGUGGCGCCAAAUGCAGAUACAAGUCAACAGCAUCAGAGAUGAACUGGAGCAGCAGCAGAGGGGAGAAAGCUAUCCUCAGCAGAGCAUGCCAGGGGCACAGCACGAGGUGGAGGAGCAGGGGGCCCAACCCAGCACCCGCAGUGAGUCAAGGGGUAGGAGCUGGGGGCAGGCAGCAAUUCCUCGGCUGGAGGAAGGGGACGAUAUUGAGCAGUACCUGACCACCGUUGAGCGCCUUGCAGUGGCCUACCAGUGGCCUACCAGUGGCCAGAGGAUGAGUGGGUCAUAUGGUUGGUUCCUCAUCUGACUGGUAAGGCUCGAGCAGCUUAUGUGGCCAUGGCUGCAGAGGACACAUUGGACUAUAAGAGGGUCAAAGAAGCCAUCCUUGCCAAGUAUGAAAUCAACGAGGACAUCUAUCGGCAGAGGUUUAGAGAACCAGACAUCCGACCAAAUGAGAGCCCAAAAGAGUUCUACAAUCGACUUAAAGACCUCUACAACAAAUGGAUCCAGCCUGAGAAGAGGACAAAGGACCAGGUGGGAGAGAUCUUCAUUCUGGAGCAGUUCUACCGUUCCCUUUCCAUGGAGCUGAGAGUGUGGGUGAAGGAAAGAGAUCCAAAGACUGCACGAGAGGCAGCUCAGCAGGUGGAAACCUUCCUUACCGCUCGACGGGGGUACAAGAACUACAGAUUCGAGUCUCCAAAAAAGUCCAGCCCGGUACGGGGUAAGCCAUGCGGGUCCGGGGUUGGUAGUGGUCCUAAGGAAAUAGAACCAGUUAGACCUGUAGAGAAGCCUGUAGCUAAUUUUAAACCAAGGUCAACUGCUAAGCCUGUAUGCUUUUAUUGUGGUCAGGAAGGUCACAUUAAACCAGAAUGCCCAGCUAGAAAAGCUAAAGCUGCUUAUUUCUGCACUGUCCCUCGCCCUAAUCAGAAUGAGAAGGGCAUAGUAGGAAAACAGCAGGUCACCACUGUUAAAAUUAAUGGUAAACCAGCAAAUGCUCUACUUGAUACUGGCAGCACCCAGACUUUGAUCCAUCCUUCAUUAGUUGCAAAGGAAAUUGUCUUAGGAAAGCCAGAACUUGAUAUAUCUUGUGUACAUGGACAUUGUAAAACUUACCCAACCACAGAGGUGUAUCUGGAGGUAGCAGGGCAAACUUACAUAGUGUCAGUGGGGGUGAUAGAGAGCUUAGCUCAUCAGGUCAUUUUGGGGCAGGACAUUCCAAUCCUUCAGGAGUUGGUUCGGGGAUGUAGACCAGUUAACAUAGUUACUAGGUCACAGAGACAGACUCAGGCUUUGGAGGAGAAGCAAGUGAAUGGGAACCAGCCAGAACUAGAUGUAAAGGUUCAAGGAGUAGAGGAGCAAGUCCCCCAGCCAACAUUGCAGAGUGAGACAGAUGCAUCACAGCAGGGGAUAGGAGGAGUCCUUCUACAAGGAGAUGGAGAGGGGAGGAAACCAGUGGCCUACAUCAGCAGGAAGCUUUUUCCCCGGGAGACCAGAUACUCGGCGGUGGAGCUGGAGUGUUUGGCCAUUAAGUGGGCCAUCGACACCUUCAAAUACUACCUGAUGGGAAGAGAGUUCAAGCUGGAAACCGACCACCAAGCACUGCAAUGGCUGGAGAAGAUGAGGGACACCAACAGUCGCAUCACCAGGUGGUUUCUGUCCCUGCAACCGUAUCGGUUCUCCAUCCACUACAUGCCAGGGAAACAGAACACAGUGGCAGACUUCUUGUCUCGCAACCAGGUUGGCGAGCCUGCCGGAGGGGAGGAGAAGUGUGAGGGAGCUGGAAAACCCUCCCCUCACUGAGGUGAAGUCGGUACAAUAUCUGACUAUUCAUGGACAUGGUUUUUGUUUAUUUUAUUGUGUUAAACACUGCUAACCUCUCCUCUCUUCGAGGUCACCAUCUUGUGGGGGUGUGUCCGCAUGGAGUGCACACAUGGGGAUGCAGCAAACAGGUCCCAGCAGUAGCAAAUCAGCUUGUUAGGCUGGGUUAGUGAGCAGAGAAAGGGGGAGGGGUAGAGUUAUUUAGUGGGAUUUAGCUUUAGUUUGGUCUGUUUCGGGUUAUUUAGCUAUUUUGGGUUAAUUUAUAUUCAUUUAUGUUCUUCCUAUUAAGUAUUAGGGCCAUUGUAUAUCCGGAUUAAGUUGUUAGAGGUCAGAUCUUUACAUACCUAUCACUGUCAUGCAGGUGAGAGAAAGAGGGAGGGGGGAGCAGGUGAGAGAGCCCCACUCAGCUUAAAAGUGGACACACCUGUGUGAGUGUGGAAAGGUGUGGGUGGCUUUCUGCAGCCUGCUGCUCAAAGGAUGAUCAUUAAGACUGCUGUGUGUGAUAAAUUUGAUUUAUUAAAAAAUAUCAGAGUUCUGAAACCUGCUGUCGGACACCAUCCUUUUUUCCUCAUGCUGGAGAUCUUCACUACCGCUUGGUUCCAUUCCGUUUAGAGGUUUUAUGACCAUCAAAACCUUACAGGCCCUUAAUGGAUUAUUCUGUAUGUAAAAGACAUCUGCAAAGAAUCACUUUGUUUUCCAUUAUUGUUUAUGGAUGGGUGGAUGUACAUAAGGUCUUCACUUUUGUCAUUACAUGUUCCAGUAUCAAUCAAUCAAUCAAUCAAUCAUCUAAAACACUAAGGUCAUCUGAGUCCAGGCUUCUUUUUACCUCAGGGUUGGAUACUGACUGUAAAUUAUCUGUUUAUUGGUGUUUUUCUGUGUUUCACUUCAGUUUAGUCAUUCAUUGUUUGUUCUUGUUUUUAUGAUCACUCUUUGUUUUUCACUUUUUUCAUCUUUUUUGAACUUUUCAAAGUUUUUAAAUCUUUUGUUAAAGUCUGGAGUUACUUUUGGAGAUUAUUUUGAAAAACAAAUCAGUCAUAUUUACUGAUCUGUCUAAACUCUUUUUGGAAGAACAUUUAUUGCAGCAGGAGUGAUAUUUUAGAUGAUAGUUUUGAAAUGGGAGAUAACGUUAUAGUGUAUCUAAAAGUAGACCUAAAGUUUAUCAUGUAAUUUACGUAAAUUAUAAAGUUUUUCAUCCUGUCUGAUCUGAUUCACUGAAGUGUGUCAGUCUCUGUAGAAACUUCCAGCUGCAGCCGUCAGUUCAGUUUCAGUUCAGUCUGACUAAGGAGGUUUUUGUACGACGCUUUUUCACUGUGUGAACACACCUCCAUUGUGAUAACUCUGACAGUAGUAAACUGCUGCAUCUUCAGUCUGGACUCCACUGAUGGUCAGAGUGAAACUAGAUCCAGAUCCACUGCCUGAAAAACGACUUGAUAUCCCUGAUACUCGAGUGCUAGCAAGAUAAAUGAGCAGUUUAGGAGUUUCUCCAUCCUUCUGUUGGUACCAGGCUAAGAGGUGAUAGGCACCAUUAUAGAACACAUUCUGACUGGUCCUACAUGAGAUGGUGACGGUUCCUCCCGGAGCAGAGGUCACAGCUGCAGGCUGAGUCACUGUGAUCUUUCCUCUGGACUCUGAGGAUACAGAGACAAACACAGAAAGCAGCGUCAUGGUUUUGUGGGCUUCAUUUCAGAGGGACGGAUGUUCAUAGAGGAGAGGAGUUGGAUUCUCUGGACUUUACCUGUGAAGCAGCAGCAGAGGAGAGUCCAGAUGAGGACGCAGAUCACAGUCAUGUUUCUGAUCAGGAGGAGGAGGAGGAGGAUUUCUGUGUCUUCUGUUGUGAUGAAGGACAGCUGUCAGUCAUCCAGUCUUCAACUCUCAGGACUAUAAAGUCUCCCAGAGCACUGGAGCAUGCUGCUGCUCAUGCAAACUCACUCUCUAUGGAAAUGCUCAGAUUAACUCCAACAGGGACUUAGAUUAUAGACAUGAUGAUGAUGAUGAUGAUGAUGAUGAUGAUGAUCAAUAAUUGAUCAAUCAAUUCAUCUCCUGAUUGAUCAAACAGCUUUCCUGACUUGUAUCAUGAAGGUUUAGGUUUGUUCUUCUUCAUCCAUCUAUUUGGAGAGAUUUCUUCAGUCUUAGCCCGAUGCUGAGGACAAUGAAUGUCAACUAUUCAGUAAAUCAAUAAAGAUCUUCAAAAACUGGAUUCAUUUAAAUGGACUACAUUGAAUUCUCUGCUUUCAUUGGAGCUCAAAGCUCUUGCAGACAGAGACACAUUUAGGUGACUUUGUUUGUGUCAGAGUCAGAGAGCCGUGUCUCUCUGCAGUCAGAGGUUUUUGUACGGCGCCUCAAUGACUUUGUAUCACUGUGGUACACGUUCGGUGGAGGAACCAGACUGGAUGUUGGAAGUAAGUCAAAUAUAAAGUCUUUUUCUUUGUUUCUGAAGCUUUUUUACUUUUCAUUUAAAUCUGUAGGACAAAAGUCACUUUGCUUUUUUAUUUUAAACUGAUUUUUUAAGAAAACAGAAAAAUGUCACUUUGGAUUGAAGAGGUACUGAAGAAAAAGUCAUUUCAGAUUUUGAAGUGGGGCUCAUCUUUUCCUACAAAUUUACUAUUUAAUCUUCAGACUUGAGUGAACAAAGUUGGAUCCUGAGGGCUGGUAGGUUUAGUUCAGUCAGAGUCAGAGAGCCGUGUCUCUCUACAGUCAGAGGUUUUUGUACGGCGCCUCAAUGACUUUGUAUCACUGUGGUGGACUUUUGGUGGAGGAACCAGACUGGAUGUUAACUGUAAGUCCACUUUUGAUCCUUUUUAUAAUAUUAGUCACUUAUUUUUCCUUCGUAGACGUUACUGAUGGAAACUAAUGUGAUCAUUUUCUUUUGCGAUGCAUGUUUUUAGAAAGAGUGUAAAAAAAGUGGAGCUGAUAGGAUUGAGGUUUUAGAAGAAGACAGAAUCUCUUCAGACUGAUUGAAUAAAUCCGAGCAGAAUGAUCCUUUUCAGAUCAGGAUGGUUUUUGACUCUCAUGGAGGAGCUGAUCCAUCGAGUUCAGUCCGAGUCUCUCUACAGUCAGACUUUUGGAGGAGCUCAACUUGAAGUCUUGUGCUCUUUUUCACACCAUCAAAUCUUCAUCUUACACUUUGUUGGUCGCAGCAAAGAGUUUCCCGCUUCAGGUUUUAUCUUUAGGAGUGAAACCUGUCUGUCGCUACGGUUGGGCGGUGAUGGCUGUCCGUUGCCGUGGUUACUGAGAUGAGAGAGGGAAGUGAAAGACAGCAGUUUGAGGCCAUGUGAGGACGAGCGUCAGAGCAGAGUUUUGUUUUCCUGACUGAGUGAACUUUCUUCAUGUGGUCUCUCUGUGUGCUCUCUCAGUGGGUCGAGUGGUCCCCACCCUGACGGUGCUGCCCCCCUCCAAAGAGGAGCUGCAGAAACAGGGCAAGGCCACGCUCAUGUGCCUGGCCAACAAGGGCUACCCCUCAGACUGGACUCUGACCUGGAAGGUGGACGGCAGAAGCAGCAGCAGCGGGCAGGAGAGCAGGAGCCCCGGGGGGCUGCAGAAGGACGGCCACUACAGCUGGAGCAGCACCCUGAGGCUCUCUGCAGACCAGUGGAACAAGGUGGUCUCUGUGACCUGUGAGGCCACCCAGGGCUCCCAGACUCCGCUCUCACAGACCCUGAGGAGAGACGAGUGUUCCCAGUCCUGA